UAAAAUAAAUUUACUGAUUGAACUGAUUCUGAAAGAUGUAUGGAAGGUGACGAUUCCUUCUUUGAUUCCUAACAUUUAAAAUCCUAUUGCACGUUGUCACAAUGUUCUCUCCCUCUGUCUAUUGCAUGUUGUCACAAUGUUCUCUCUCUCUCUGUCUAUUGCAUGUUGUCCCAAUGUUAUCUCUCUGUCUAUCGCACCUUGCCACAAUGUUCUCUCUCUCUGUCUAUUGCACGUUGUCACAAUGUUCUCUCUCUGUCUAUUGCACGUUGUCACAAUGUUCUCUCUCUGCACAUUGCACGUUAUCACAAUGUUCUCUCUCUGUGUGUCUAUUGCACGUUGUCACAAUGUUCUCUCUCUCUGUCUAUUACAUGUUGUCACAAUGUUCUCUCUCUCUGUCUAUUACAUGUUGUCACAAUGUUCUCUCUCUCUGUGUCUAUUGCACGUUGUCACAAUGUUCUCUCUCUGCACAUUGCACGUUAUCACAAUGUUCUCUCUCUCUCUGUCUAUUGCACGUUGUCACAAUGUUCUCUCUCUCUGUGUCUAUUGCACGUUGUCACAAUGUUCUCUCUCUUUCUGUGUCUAUUGCACGUUGUCACAAUGUUCUCUCUCUGCACAUUGCACGUUAUCACAAUGUUCUCUCUCUCUCUGUCUAUUGCACGUUGUCACAAUGUUCUCUCUCUCUGUGUCUAUUGCAUGUUGUCACAAUGUUCUCUCUCUCUGUGUCUAUUGCACGUUGUCACAAUGUUCUCUCUCUGCACAUUGCACGUUAUCACAAUGUUCUCUCUCUCUCUGUCUAUUGCACGUUGUCACAAUGUUCUCUCUCUCUGUGUCUAUUGCACGUUGUCACAAUGUUCUCUCUCUGCACAUUGCACAUUGUCACAAUGUUCUCUCUCUGUCUAUUGCACGUUGUCACAAUGUUCUCUCUCUGUGUCUAUUGCACGUUGUCACAAUGUUCUCUCUCUGUGUGUCUAUUGCACGUUGUCACAAUGUUCUCUCUCUGCACAUUUCACGUUGUCACAAUGUUCUCUCUCUCCGUCUAUUGCACGUUGUCACAAUGUUCUCUCUUUCUGUCUAUCGCACAUUGUCACGAUUUUCUCUGUGUGUGUGUCUAUUUUCAGUAUAUAUUGACGAAGCAGCAAAGAAAUCAACAACAAAAACAACAGCAACAACAACAAUAACAAAAACAACAAUAACAACCACAACAACAACCACAACUACCACAACUACCACAACACCAACAACAACAACAACAACAGCAAAAAAAGCAACGACAACAACAAUAACAGUACCAAAACAAAAAACAUCAAGUAGAUUAUCAUCCAUAAAAACAGACGUAUCAGCAACAACAAACUUAACUUCAAUGCAAGGUGAACACAACAGCACCUCCAUUGACACACCAUUAUUAGUUGGUAUAGUAAUCGCAGCAUUGAUUCUCAUUCUUGUGGUAUUGGGUAUUGCAGUUAUAACAAGACGGCAUAAAAAAACAAAGACUAAGAACAAGUCAAAACCAUUGGAGAUGGAAAACCCACGUUAUGAAUGUUUCACUCCAGCCGCUGCAAACCGCAUGAUAUGCACUGAUACAACAAACCAAACAGCGACAUAUUCACCCGUUUAUGAAAUUCCGAAAAUUAAGGAACGACCCCAAAAAGACCAACCUAAACCGGUAUACGUUGAAACAGAACCAGAAUACGAUGAUGCAACAUAUGCUCAAGAAAAGUUAGAAGAAUAUCUUGCAUCGAAACGUCCUGUUUAUGCAAAAAUAAACAAAAAUUAGAUAACACAGAAACAUUUUCUUCAAGAACAACAGAAAUGUUUGUCUCAAGAAAAAUGUAUUAACAUGUCACUGGAGAGAGACAUGGUUGAAAGCGUAGAACAUAACGUUGUAAUAUAAUCUUAAAAAUGAUAGAUACUCAUUAUAGCUA